GAAAGUUCGCAUCCUAGUCGAAGAGUCACUGAAAGAGUGAGAGUCCAUAAACCUUUCAACGUGGAACAAUAUCAAGAAAUGGGAGACUUCGUUCACAAGUGUCUGUGCGAGCGCGAAACAAAUUACGAGGGCCAAUUAUCCCAACUGCAUGCCGAGUCAUCGCGAUCUCGAGACGAGACAAGGCACUCUAUCAACACUGACCAAGGAGGAGAUGAUGUGCCAUCCGCUGAUCCAGAGUCUAUUACAGCAUUGAAAUACUUUUCGCAGCCACAGGGUCAAGAGUCUCAGGCGGAUGCAGCAGGAAGGCAAAGUCUAGCUGAGACAGAGAACGGGGACUACGAAGCUUCCACAAGUAUCCUUCAAAGCCUUACAGCUAAGGUUAUAAGUGAAGGAUUUCUUGACCCUGUGGAUGGCACUGCUGUACAGUCUGCUAUCCCUGAAAUCAGUGAUAAAAAGCGGCAGAGUGUGAAAAAUACUAUGUGGCAAAGCACAGACAUCCGAAAUACUGAAUAUAGCUAUCAGCUGAAAGAACAGGUCAGGCGCCACAUCUAUAUCUACUAUUGUGAGAUUAUAUUCCCGCAUGAUAUGGAUAUCAGGGAUAACAAGAUCUUUAUAAAAAUAGAGCUCUGUCCUUUGGAAGAAACACAUACAAAUCUAUAUGCAAUUUCAAGCUCUGAAAAUCAUGAUGAUCCGGCCCUCCGUCUGGCCUUCCGGGUUAGAUACCAUGAUUCCUUUGGUCGUGAAGUGAUAUACUAUGCAACAAAUUCAGGUGGUGGUGUGGUAUUCAAGGCAAACACCUUGGUGGAUGUUCUGGAGAAAAAAUCAUUAGAGGAGAUAGCUCAGAUCCCCAGACGGCAUAUCUAUAUCGGUACUGGAAAUGAUGCUCAUCCCGAACUUGAACGGUUUAGGAAUGGGUCAUAUACCAGUAAACUGCCUUGA